AUGUCAUCAACAUCCUUGGCAACCCAUCUCACGGCCUCCCUCUUCCUCUGCCCUCUCGGCCUCCGCCGCCUCCUCUUCUCCUCCUCUCUCUACCUCAACAAUCCCUCCCUCUUCCGAUCAAGAACAUGGUAUCUCUCCGAAUCCAAGUGGAAAAACCUCGACAUCUACUCCCUCUUAAUACUCCUCCCCAUCGCCUCAUUCUCCCACCUCGUCUUCUUCCUCGCAUUUUCAGAAACCCCAGCUCACAAAUUCUCAUUCUUGCAGCAGUCCGUCAUCGUUUCCCUCUUCUGGGCCAUCUUGAUUCUGAUCUAUGUCAAAGAAAGUUUCGAUCUUUUCUCUGUACCCGACAAUCUUGUAUUCGCAUUCACUGCAAUUGCAUUUCUGAUUGAUUUUUACAUGACUGGGACUGGGCUUGUUGGGAUUGGCGGUUGGGUGUAUCGAAUUCUAGGCUAUUUGACUGCUCUUUGCGCUGCGUGUUGUGUGCAUUUGUCGGUUAGGCCGGGGGCGUUUUUCGCGGAGUUUUUGCUUUCGUGUGGGCUUGUUUUGAAGGGGAGUUGGGUGAUGCAAGUAGGCCUUUCGUUGUAUACUGAUGCGUUUGGUUUGAAAGGGUGUGGUAAGAUUGGUAGAGGGGAGGCUGAUGUCAAGUGUGAGCUUGAUGAUGAUGUUUGGAGGGGUGUGGCAUUGAUUAAUUUGGUGUUUGUUGGGCAUGUGGUGGUGGUUAUGGUGAUCAGCUUCGUGUCGUUUGGAUUGUUGCAUAGCAGGAAACGUGGCGAGGGGAGCGCGCAAGGGUCUGAGAGCAUGCUUAUGCAUCAGCUUCCUGAAAUUGAGAUUGAAUGA